CCGGAAAUGUGAGACGGAAAGGAUGUAGUUAGCAGCUUAUGACGCUAGUCUAGAAAAAUGGGUCGACGCACGCAAGAAAGGGUAAAAAAGGCACGCAAGGAGCACGCAAGGGACUCUUGCGUGUGCGUGUUCCUGCGUUUCUCUGAAAACGCACAACUAUAAACUAGGCUUCACGGUCAGGGUUUUUCUCUUUUUUUUUUUAACUCCAUUCAUUCCAAUGGAGCCUUUGGGCUUGGCAUUUUGCGUUUUUUGGGAAAACCAAAAAACGCAUUAAUUUCAAAAAACACAGUAAAAAACACAAAAAACACAGUAAUUUCUCUUAGCGAGGUCAUAGCACACAAUUCCCGAUGGGUCCCGACACUUUUUGAGACAAUUCCGAGCAAAGGUGCGGGAGGAGAAGCCUGCCAAACCUUUGUACGGAAGAGAAUAAGGCGAUUUAUAAUAAGCCAGAGAGAUAACAAGGAGUAUGGCUCUGCUUCGCAGGCCACACUCAAUGAAAGCUUUGAGAUGCUCACUCUUCCUUUUGUUCUCAACUAUGUUUGCAUUGACGGCUUACUCUAGCAUAGAACACCUUUUGAAGUUAAAAAUAGUCAUUCAACACUAAAUCAGAUCAUGAAGAGCACAAAGGACAGAAACAAUUCUGUGCAACACUGUGGUCAGUUUACAUAUGUAUCUUCCUCUAAACUGUGGACAUACAAUGUGUGCAUUAUAGAAGCAUUGGUCCACAUCACUGGCAUAAAGGGAGCUAUAAGUUUUCAAAAUGUUCCUGUACAGUAAAAUUAAAUGUGAGCAAGAUUUCUAAUUUUCUUUCAACAACUCUCUCACACACUCCUUUUGAACACACUUAAUACACCCAUACACAUGUAAUGCUAUCUAAUAAAACAUAAAUCAAAUUGAAAAAAAGAAAACCAACACUGACAUACUCAAUGCUCCAAAAAACAACGCGUUUCACGCCAAACCAACAUUUUGUCACAAAUUCUAUCCACUAACCAAAUAAUAGGUCCAAAGAGACCCUAAUCAACCUAAAUUACACCUGUGGUCAUCCGAACAGACAAAUUUUUUGGCAAAAAGAGAAAUAGCAGGACUGUACACCAAAGGUAUAAUCUUAGCCAAUCACAAACAGCCUUCGUCUUCUAUAAGGGUUGGCUCUGUCCGUCAACACACAGGCUACAAACUGCAGAGCUACAGUGAUGAUGGCAAUUUUCAUUUUUCUUGUGCUUAGUCAAAUCUGUCAGGUGCCUGCUGUAAAUAAGACCUCCAGCAUCAACCAGGACACUGGGGUUAUAAAAGCUAACGUUGGGCAGAAUGUGACUUUAAAGUGCAUUUCUCAGAAUGAUGCUGUAACUUUCCUCUCUUGGUAUCAGCAAAAAAUUGGCAGCAAACCUGUCCUUAUAUCAAGCUGGCUGAAAAAAGAAGAGGUGUCCAUUUUUUCUCCGUUCAAAGAGAGGUUUCAAGUCUCAACAGGAGGUAGAGAUGGCACCAACCACCUCAUAAUCCAAGAACUUGACCACUUGGAUUCAGCGACAUAUUACUGUGGGAUUUUACAGUUCAACAUAAUUGAAUUGGGAGAGGGGGUUUUCCUACAUGUCCGAGCAUCACCAUCCAACAUCCGCUCCGUCCUCGGUCAGCCGCCGUUGAAGCAGCUUAGAUCGGGAGACUCUGUGAAUUUGAGCUGUACGGUGCAUGCUGGAGAAUGUGCGGGGGAGAAGACUCUCUACUGGUUCAGACAUCGUGCACCUGAGCUAAAAAUCAUGGAUAAAAAUCCAGUCAAGUGUGGAUUUUCUCCCCAACGACCAGACAGAGAAUGCACUUUAAACCUCACCUUGUCUUUGAGUUCUCCCCAUGCAGGGAUGUACUACUGUGCUCUGGACUCCUGUGGUGAGAUCGUGUUUGGCAAUGGAACGAGAGUGGAGAUUGAAGGAGGUUCCACCAGAGUCUCUCUUCUCCUGGUGUGUUGCCUGGGUGCAGCAUUGGCAGUUUUAAUUGUUUUGCUGCUCGCAUUGGCUUUUGUUUUGUACAAGUUGACCAAGAAUUCUUGCUCUUUCUGCAAAGGAGUUCUUACUCAUCCAGCACGUUCUGCAGCUUCUGACAUCGUGAACCAAGAUGCAGACGUCUAUUAUGCUGCGCUGAGUCUGAACAGAAAAAGUCAACGACCCCCUGAGAAGGACAACGUGGAGAGCACUUGUGUUUACUCUGGAGUGAAAAGUAGAAAGCGCUGACUGGAUUUUGCCUUCACAGCUAACCAUUUCUCUCCUGUCAAUCAUUUGCAAGACAGCAACAUUCACGUGAUUAAAUGUACAAUUUGAAAUGCUGUUGAAAGAAAAUAAAACUUUUUUUAAUGCAA